AUGGAGGGUGUGAAGGGACUAUUUCUUCUAGUUUCGCUGCUUUCUUCUUCUAUGUUCAUGUGUGUGCUGUGCUCACGGGGAUCGAACUUUGGACUCAAUUCCUUUUACCAGCUCGACAGCGAGCCUACUGUCGUGAAGGGACUUGAUUUGAAGAGGUACGCAGGACGCUGGUACGAGAUCGCCUCCCUCCCAACGUUCUUCCUGCCCAAGGAUGGCGAGGACACGAGGGCCACGUACACUCUGAAGGACAAUGGGACUCUGGACGUGUUGAACGAGUCCAGGGUCAAGGGCAAGAGGAUCUUCAUUAAGGGCAACGCCUACAAGGCCGACCCGAAGAGCGAUGAGGGCAAGCUGAAACUGAAAUUCUUUGUGCCUCCGUUCUUCCCCAUCUUCCCUCUUGACGGUGACUACUGGGUCUUGUACCUUGACGCUGAUUAUCAGUAUGCUAUCGUUGGCGAGCCCAGCAGAACGUCUCUCUUUAUAUUGAGCAGACAGAGUCAUAUAGACGAUAAAAUCUAUAAUCAACUGGUUCAGAAGGCUGUUGAUGAGGGAUAUGAUGUAAGCAAGCUCCGCAAGACUCCACAGAGCAACACGCCUCCGCCGCAGCAAGAAGGACCCUAGGGCACUAAAGGCAUUUGGUGGAUCACGUAG